GUCGUGAGUUGGCGUGGUCUUGCCGUGAGUUUUGUUUUUGCCGUGACACUUAUGGGCCACCACACCUUUUGCCCUUUUGCAAAACAACACCUUCUGGGAGUCGGUGCGUGUAUUUCGACCGGAUGCGCUUUGCUAUUUUUUCAACGACUACCUAAGGUCAUUUUCGUGGUUUCGUGUUAAAUAGUGCACGCACAUUGACGCAGCUUUUCUGUGCUCGUUAUGUCUUCGUUCGCACGGUUCCUAACAGUUUUGACUUUGUUAGCAGUUGUCUUUUACAGAGGCUGCUUGUCAAAGACGAGGGAGUAUUUCAUCGCAGCAGUUGAGAUGGACUGGAAUUAUGCACCAACAGGAUUUAACAACUUAAAAGGAGUUCCAUUGGAAGGAGACAGUGAUGGUUCUCAAUUCACUGUGUCCGGUCCUCACAGGAUAGGAAGGGUUUAUCGUAAGGUCCUUUACAGAGAGUUCACGGAUGAGACCUUCACGAAGCAAAAACCUCAUCCAAAGUACUUAGGACUACUUGGUCCUAUUAUAAAAGCUGAAGUUGGUGAUACUCUAAAAGUACACUUCAAGAAUAUGGCCACAGACCUCGACCGCCCCUUCACGAUGCACCCGCAUGGGGUCUUUUAUAAUAAGGGUUCAGAGGGAGCCUUCUAUAAUGAUAAUACUCAGGGAGACCUAAAAGAAGACGAUCACAUUCAACCAGGUGGGACCCGUGUUUAUUUGUGGACAAUACCAGAAAAUCAUGCGCCGACCAAAAGUGAUAAGAACUGCCUCACCUGGGCGUACCAUUCUCAUGUAAAACCCGGUCCAGAUAUCAACACUGGUUUAAUUGGGAUAAUCUUAACUUGUAAGAAGGGAACGUUAGACGCAAACAAUGGGGCUCGAACAGAUGUAGACAAGGAUUUCAUUCUGUUGUUUACCGUAAUGGACGAGAACAAGAGCUGGCUUCUUGAUAAAAAUAUCAAACAAUUUUGCACUGAUCCUGACGGAGCCAUAAAGAAAAAAACAGAUGGUGGGUUUGUGAAAAGUAACAAAUUGUACAGUAUCAAUGGCAGAGUGUUUGGCAACUUGGAAGGUCUGCAUUUGUGCCUUGGAGACAAAAUAAGCUGGCACAUGGUUGGCAUCGGCACUGAUACUGACGUCCAUGCAGCGUAUUUUCACGGCCAGACAUUCACAAUUGACAGACAUCUCAGAAGUGUUGCUACUCUUUUACCUGCGACGUUUGUGACGGCAAGCAUGACAGCUGUAAAUCCGGGAACGUGGCUUUUGAACUGCAUGGUGACCAGUAAUUACGAUGGAGGGAUGUAUGCUUUGUUUAACGUAACCAAAUGUGACCGCGAUGUUGACAUACCAAUCGCCAGCGGAGGCCGCACGCGAAGAUACUUUAUCGCUGCCGAGGAAAAAAUGUGGAACUAUGGUCCUAGCGGAGUUAACCAAAUAACUGGGGAUGAUCUUUUAAAGCCAGGGAGUGACUCUUCAAAGUACUUCAUUAAGAGCGAAAACAGAAUAGGAGGCAUCUACAAAAAAGCCCUGUUCAUCGAGUACACGGAUGACAUGUUCAUCACUCCAAAGAACCGCACUGAAGAUGAGAUCCAUCUGGGUUCGUUGGGACCUGUUGUCCGCGGAGAGGUGGGAGACACCAUAGAGGUGUUUUUUCGCAACAAGGCGUCAAGAAACUACAGCAUUCAUCCAAUUGGCUUGCUCUACAACAAAUCUAACGAAGGAGCAUUGUAUGAGGAUCGUACGUCCGGGAAAGACAAAGAUGAUGACGAAGUAAGGCCGAACGGAACGUUCAAAUAUACGUGGACCAUACCCGAGGAAAUGGGCCCCAAGGAUACAGAUUCACAAUGUUUAACCAGAAUGUACUUCUCAAGUGUGAACCCAACAAAGGAUAGAUAUUCAGGUCUCUUUGGUCCCUUGCUGAUAUGCAAGAAAGGAAGUUUGGACUCCAAAAACAAGCAAAAGAACGUAGAUAAAGAGUUUGUUCUGCAUUUUGUUGUGACCUUAGAAAAGAAUUCCUGGUACUACUGUGAUAAUAAGAAACUCGCCGACGAGCCAUCUUCUAUAGAUGAAAGUGACUUGGCUUACCUUAACAGUAACAAGAUGCAUGAUGUUAACGGAUACGUGUUCGGCAAUCAACAAGGUUUACGCAUGUGCACAGGAGACCGUGUGUCGUGGCACAUCAUGAGCGGAAUAUUGAUGCACAGCCCCUAUUUCUACGGCAACACGAUCACCUUCAAUGACAAAAGAGCAGAUGCUGUAGGGCAAAUACAAGGAUCCUUUAUAACAGUUUACAUGACUCCAGAUAAUCCCGGGCAAUGGGAAAUAGUUUGCAAGACAACAAGUCAUUUGACCCUUGGAAUGCAAACAAAAUACACGGUCCUUGACAAAUGUGGGAACUCUUCAUCAGAGCAGAGCACUGGUAAAGUGAGGCGUUACUAUAUUGCUGCUGUAGAGGAGAUCUGGGACUAUACACCGACUGGUCGAGAUAUCUUAGGUGGAAAACCGCUGGAAGAAAGCGACGAGGCCAAAUCAUUUACCACUAAUGGUCCAAAACGCAUCGGUCAUAAGUACAAGAAAGCGCGGUUCCAUGAGUAUACAGACGCUACGUUUACAACGAAGAAGGAAAGAAAGACUAACUAUGAAAAACACCUAGGAAUUAUGGGGCCAGUCAUUAGAGCAGAGAUAGGAGACACUGUGGAGGUUGUAUUCAAAAAUAUGGCCGGCAGAAGUUAUUCCAUUCAUCCCGAUGGUUUGUUUUACGAAAAAAAGUAUGAAGGUUCGAAUUACCAAGAUGGGACCACAGGGGAUGACAAAAAAGACAACGCAGUCCCCCCAGGGGGCCAGUUUAUAUAUGUGUGGCAAGUCCCAAAGCGAGCAGGACCAACACAAAAUGAAGACGACUGUUCGCCCUGGGCAUACUAUUCCGAUGCAUAUGCGGUGAAAGACUUCUACACCGGGCUGGUUGGACCGCUUCUUGUCUGUAAAAAGGAAACGCUAACAGAAGAAAAUUCUCGGCGGGGAGUGGACCGCGAGUUCUUUCUGCUUUUCGCCACAUUCGACGAAAACAGGAGCUGGUAUCUAGAAGACAAUAUUAACGACUACUGCUCGGAUCCAGGUCCUAUGGAUGAGCUGAAGGGCGACCCUGGGUUCCAGUUGAGCAACCAGAACUACGCCAUCAAUGGUUUUCUGUACGGAAACUUACAAGGACUAGAAAUGUACAAAGGAGAGAAGGUGGAAUGGUAUCUAUUGGGUCUUGGAGACUUAACAGAUGUCCACACAGUCCAUUUCCAUGGACAGACAUUCCUUUAUAAAUUGACCACAAUGCACCGAGAAGACGUAUAUGACCUUUUCCCAGGAGUUUAUGCUACCGUGGAAAUGGUACCUGACAGCGUAGGGGACUGGUUACUGCACUGUCACGUGAACAAUCACUUGACAGGCGGAAUGGAAACACUUUUCUCAGUCAUGGAAGAGACUGAUAAGCCAACAGUUUACAGCAAGGCAUCCAAAGCAGACCCUGCCAGAAUGAUUUUUAAGACCCUACUUGUUUUCCUUUUAUAUUUGUUUGCUGCUUGAUGCUACAGUUCCCGGUUUUUUAAUCAAAACGAGUUUCAGAUGACGUUUUGAAUCACUGGGCCUUUCUCAAGCAACCAAGUAAUUCAAACGUUUAACAUAUAAGCUGUGCCAUAGUAAUCAGUGAUUCCGGUUCAGUAGAAGAAAAUUCCUUUCUAUAUGUUCGUAAUCAUGUCGUAGGAGUUUUGUAGAAGUCUUGCUUUUACAAACCCCCAGGAUGACCAUGUGUAACAGUGCAUAAUCUGUUGGUUGUUUAAAUAGAUUAUUUUCAAAACUUUUUGACGUUUGUAAACAAAUCACAGCUGUUUUCUUUUGGAGUAAAGGGAUAGAGUGCUCCCCAAGAUGUACAA